AUGAGUAUCUUCUCAUAUGUGCGGAGUAUUUAUGCUCUAGAUACCAUCGAUACACGCUUCACGAAUUCCUCUUCAACUCCAUAUGAAAUUGAUCCUGCUGCAGCAAAGUCAAAACGAGAUGACUCGAAACCAGGCGAAGGGGUACGAACAGACAGCAAUGGCAGACCAAUUGCUCAGCCGUCGAGAUGGAAUACUACAGAGUUUUAUUUCUAUUACUUCAUCUUCUUAACAGUUGUGCCAUACAUGUUUUGGAUCGCCUACGAUGUGUCUAGACCUUCCGAUCCUAAUUACCAUAAAUACCAGCACCUUCUUUCUGAUGGAUGGAUUCCUGGGCGCAAGAUUGAUAUUUCGGAUGCACAAUAUUACAACUUUCGAACCAAUGUACCAUACCUCGCGAUUCUCGUUGUUUUUCAUCCUCUCCUGCGACGAAUAUAUGAAUUUCUCAGACCCAUCUCUGCUCGAGUAGGAUCGCCGAAACUAAACGGCAACAACACAUACAUAUCUGUGGCGGAAGGCAAUGCGAGGCUUCAGCAACGUACUGGGUUCGACUUCAUUUUUGCGUUCAUAUACCUCCUUGCUUUGCAUGGAUUUUCCGCUUUUAAAGUCAUUGCGAUAGUCUAUGCAAACUACUGUCUGGCGACUCGACUUCCUCGAAAGUUUGUGCCUGUAGCAACAUGGGUUUUCAAUAUUGGUAUAUUGUUUGCCAACGAGCUCUCAGAUGGGUACAGAUAUACAUCAAUAGCACAAUAUGUGUCUCCUAAAAAUGAAGCCGGCUUCCAAGGAGCUACGUUGCAUAGCUGGGCAGAGUGGAUGGAUAGUUAUUCGGGUAUCAUUCCACGAUGGGAAAUUCUGUUUAAUCUUACUGUCUUGAGAUUGAUCAGUUUCAAUCUGGAUUAUUACUGGAGUUUAGAGAAAGGAGCUGGAAGUGCACUAGAGAAGAAGCAACUUAACCCUGCCAAUCUUUCCGAGAGAGAUCGCGUUUCGAUGCCUGCGCCGGACAAGGACUACAAUUAUCGAAACUACUUCGCAUAUGCGAUUUACGCCCCUUUAUAUUUAGCAGGACCAAUCUUCACAUUUAACGAUUACAUUUCUCAGUCGAAAUAUCGCCCUGCUAGCAUAGACAGUAAACGAACCUUUAAGUAUGGUAUUCGUUUCUUACUUUGUUUGUUGGCAAUCGAACUUCUCCUGCAUUUCGAUUAUUGUGUGGCUAUUUCCAAAGGCAAUCCCAACUGGUCUGAUUACACCCCAGCUCAACUGAGUUUACUCUCAUACUUCAAUCUCCAUGUACUAUGGUUGAAGCUUCUCUUACCUUGGAGAUUCUUCAGACUUUGGUCUCUCAUUGAUGGAAUUGACCCUCCAGAAAAUAUGCUUCGCUGUCUUUCCGAUAACCCAUCUACUGUUCAAUUCUGGCGAAGCUGGCAUCGCAGCUACAACCGCUGGAUCAUCCGCUACAUCUACAUCCCCAUGGGAGGUUCUUCAUCACGAAAUUGGAAAGCCCAAGUCCGAUCAAUUGUCAAUUAUCUCGUCGUUUUCACAUUCGUAGCCUUAUGGCAUGAUAUAAGUCUUAACCUGUUGGUUUGGGGCUGGCUCAUAGUUUUCUUCAUGUUACCGGAAGUUAUUGCUGGCAUGCUCUUCCCAAGAAAGAAGUGGCUCAAUGAUCUUACAUAUUAUAGAGUCAUUUGUGGUAUUGGUGCAGUGGCGAAUUUGAUGUUCAUGAUGAUAGCAAACUUGGUUGGGUUUGCUGUCGGUGUUGAUGGGUUGAAGAGCAUUAUUUCUGGCAUUUUCAAGGACUUUUCAGGAAUCGUUUUUCUGAUUACAGCCUGGGGUGCACUUUUCGUUGGGUGUCAGGUUAUGUUUGAAGUAAGGGAGAGUGAGCACAGAAAAGGAAUUUUCCUAAGAUGUUAG